UCUCACUCUGCUUUAUCCUGCUCCCGUGGAUAGUAGAGGUCAGAAGACAUAAAAGAUGUAUCACAGGUUAAGCACGAGACCAACAGAACUUCUGAAACAUUGCUUCCUCUCUGUUGUGCUUUAAAAUAAUUUACAAACCGCAUCACUGGAAAACGUCACUCCGAAGUUGUUAGACUGGACACCUUUAGUAUGUUUUAGUAUGCUCUAGCGUGUACACGGCAUUUCAUCGUUUGGAAACUUUUUCUUGUUUGCAACAUGACGGUUAAAUAUGUUUUUUUGACGCACCUGUUACUGCUUUGGGUUGGUUCCGAUACUGGCGCAUCUGAAGUUGUAUGGAGAAGUGCGCGCGACAGCACGUCGGACGCGCUCGUGACCACAGAUGCGCUCUCACAGCACAUGUUUAAACUGUAUGAGAAGUACAACAUUGAACCUAACCGACUCAAAGAGGGAAAUACUGUAAGAAGUUUUAAAGCAAAACCUGAGAAUGUGGAGGAGAGGGUCUCAUACUGGCUGAACAUUACUUCCAUUCAGAGGUCUGAGCUGAUUCUCACAUCUACGUUUCACUUCUUUUUUGACAAACGGCAACGCCAGAGAUCCUGGUUCUGCAAGCGCUUCAAGAACCCCUCUUGUCGCAUCCCAAACUUCCAUCUGUUACCCUCUGUCCAUCUUAUUUUCCGGUCUCCCUCGUUCAGCUCAGCCCAGGGAUCACUACUCGGAAACAUCACUGUAGUUCCUCACAGACGUGGGACCUGGCAGAGCAAGGAUGUGUCUGUCAUUAUAAAAGAGGCCCGAGAUAACAAUCAUCUUUUGAUCACCGUGGAGUUUGACUAUGGAGAGCAGUAUCAAAGGUAUCAGGACCAGCUCCCAUUCUCCAGCCUUCCAUACUUGCUGGUGUAUGCUAAUGACCUGGCCAUUUCAGAGCCCAACAGUGUGGCUGUGAGCCUACAGAGAUAUGACCCUUUCAUUGCAGACCAGCAGCCAACUCAAUCUCUUGACUCCUCACUUGACAUACGUGUAAAGCGGGACCUGGACUUGGACUUCUCCGAUCCCACUGAGAACAAUGAGCUCCCGGAGGUGGAGUACAACAGCUUCAAACAGCAUAAUAUGUGGGAAAGUGCUUACUUUGCACUCAAGCCAAAGCCCUUUAAAAAAGAACAUCGGAGGAAAGGCCAGGAGCGUGCUGACAGAUUCGGCAAGUCUCAGGUUCUACGGUUUAAUGAGAAAACCAUGAAGAAGGCUCGGAGGAGACAGUGGAAAGAACCUCGCAGCUGUUCCAGGAGGUACCUGAAGGUGGACUUUGCAGAUAUCGGGUGGAACGAAUGGAUCUUGUCUCCCAAGUCUUUCGAUGCCUUCUACUGCGCAGGAACGUGUGAAUUCCCCAUUCCAAAGGUAGUCCGCCCCUCCAACCAUGCAACCAUCCAGAGCAUAGUCAAGGCUGUUGGGAUAAUUCCAGGUAUCCCAGAACCCUGCUGUGUUCCAGAGAAGAUGAAACCUCUCAGUGUUCUAUUUCUGGAUGAGAGCAAAAACAUUGUGUUGAAGAUCUACCCCAACAUGUCUGUGGAGACGUGCACUUGCAGAUAGACUCACUGGUCAAAGAAAGGAAAGACAAAUGGGCAUUUGUUGUGGUUUUGACAUCCAAAUUUACCUUGAAGAGGCAUAUUGUCUUAAGGUUGCACUUGUCAGAAAGUGCACACACUUUAAGGACUGCAUUUCAUCUUUUAUAAAUGCUUAUAUUUUAAUUUCCUCCGUUUAUCCACAAAGGAUCUGUCAUAAACUUUUUCAUUGUACUACAUGAGUACUCACUCUUAUAAACAAUACUUAAAAAUUGUCAGUUUUGCUGUCAUCUCUGUGACAUAAAUGGACUCAUGCUUGUAAAUU